CUUCCUCUCCUCUUCUUCUCUCCACUCUGAUACCUGAAACUUUUGAAUAGCGAAUUCACGUUGCACGAGAGCUUUCGUCUUGAACACACAAAGAGCUCCGCAAGAAAGAAAGCAAGACCACAGCAAUACACAUCUCCACUCCACCGUCACCAUGACUUCGGAUCAGACUCGCGUCAACAAGACUGCCCUGCACCCGGGUGGUGUUGCACCUCGUGCCGAGCACACUGAGCUCGAGGAGGAGCUCCACGACCGCGCCCACAUUGACUACGACCGUGUCGCCAUUAUCGCCAACCCCUCCGUCGCCGCCCUCUACGAAGAUGCAUUGGUCUACGAGACGGGUUCCGCCAUCACCUCGACCGGUGCUUUGUCCGCAUACUCCGGAGCCAAGACUGGACGCUCACCUUCGGACAAGCGUAUUGUGAAGGAGGAGGGUUCUGAGAGUGACAUUUGGUGGGGACCUGUCAACAAGCCCAUGACACCCGAGGUCUGGCACAUCAACCGCGAGCGCGCCCUGGACUACCUCAACACCCGCAACCGUAUCUAUGUCAUCGAUGGCUUCGCCGGCUGGGACGAGCGCUACCGCAUCAAUGUCCGUGUGGUGUGCGCUCGUGCUUACCAUGCUCUGUUCAUGUACAACAUGUUGAUUCGCCCGUCGAGGAAAGAGUUGGAGCACUUUCACCCGGACUAUGUCAUCUACAACGCGGGUGCUUUCCCGGCUAACCGAUACACUACGGGUAUGACCUCGAACACAUCCGUGUCGAUCAACUUCCAGGAGAAGGAGAUGGUUAUUCUGGGUACUGAGUACGCUGGAGAGAUGAAGAAGGGAAUCUUCACCGUCCUCUUCUACGAGAUGCCCGUCAAGCACAACGUCCUCACCCUCCACUCCUCCGCCAACGAAGGCUCCAACGGCGACGUGACCGUCUUCUUCGGCCUCUCGGGAACCGGCAAGACCACCCUCUCCGCGGACCCCAAGCGCGCCUUGAUCGGCGACGACGAGCACUGCUGGUCCGACAAGGGCGUCUUCAACAUCGAAGGCGGCUGCUACGCCAAGUGCAUCGGCCUCUCCGCCGAGACGGAACCCGACAUUUUCAACGCCAUCAAGUUCGGCUCUAUCCUUGAAAACGUCGUGUUCGACCCAGAGACUCGUACCGUCGACUACAAUGACACCACCUUGACGGAGAACACCCGCUGCGCGUACCCGAUUGAGUACAUUGAGAACACCAAGAUCCCUUGCCUCUCCACCUCCCACCCCACCAACAUCGUCCUCCUCACCUGCGACGCCCGCGGUGUCCUGCCUCCCAUCUCGAAGCUCGACUCUGCGCAGACCAUGUUCCACUUCAUCUCCGGUUACACCUCCAAGAUGGCGGGUACCGAGCAGGGCGUCACCGAGCCUCAAGCGACCUUCUCGUCGUGUUUCGCGCAGCCCUUCUUGGCGCUGCACCCGAUGAGGUACGCAAAGAUGUUGGCCGAGAAGAUGUCGCAGCACAACACCAAUGCGUGGUUGUUGAACACCGGCUGGACGGGUGCGGGUGCGGCUACUGGUGGAAAGAGGUGUCCGUUGAAGUACACGAGGGCGAUUUUGGAUGCUGUUCACAGUGGUGAGCUGGCGAAGGCGGAGUACGAGACGUACACGACUUUCAACCUGCAGGUGCCCAAGUCUUGCCCGAAUGUUCCGGAUGAGCUCCUUAACCCGGAGAAGAGCUGGACUGGAACCGCGGACUUCAAGGAAGAAGUUACCAAGCUUGCGGAGCUGUUCAAUGAGAAUUUCAAGAAGUAUAGCUCGGAAGCUACUGAGGAGGUUAUUAAGGCUGGACCUCAGGUAUAGAGGGAGAAGAGCAUGUGAUGUACAGGGAAGAAAGAAGAAGAAGAAGAAGAAGAGAAGAUAUGUUGGGAAAGACAAGAUGGGAGUUGAGCGUUUUUGCACAUAUGUACUUUUUGGAAAGAAUGCAAGGAAUGACAUUG